AUGACGCCCUCGAUGCGCUCCCCUUGGGGCGGCGUCUCCCGCGCGCCGCCGCGGAGCAUUGUUCUGAAGCGGCUCGCCAUUGUGUGUGCGGUAGGCCUCUUGGUCUACCUGUUUAUCAACAACCUCCCCGUCGGCAUUCCCAUCCGCGACCGUCGUCAUCCGUUUUACCGACCUGACCCCCAUCCGACGGGCCAGCCCGGUGGACCAUCGGAGUCUGGGCCGCGGCCGAUGGUGCCGCCGCAACUGGACGCCGGUCAAAAACCUACGCAAGAACAGUCAGGUUCGCACUGGCUGGAUGAGGAUUCGUCGUUGGGACUGUACAAUGGGCCGCUUGUGUUCCCGCAACUUUUGACUUCGCUCCAGGCAAUCCAGACAACGGGGGGUUCUUCCAGUGCAAAUAAGAAUGUGCUUUUUGCUGCGGCUAGUCUUAAAAGUGCGGCGUUGCUACUCCCCAUGGCGUGUCGGAUGGGGAGUGAGCUGAGGAAUUACGUUCACUUUGCUUUAGCGGGAGGGAGCGAGAUCGAUAUUUCCGAACUCCGUGCUCUUAAUGGCAUCGAUGACUCGUGCCAGAUUAUCUUUCAUGAUGCUCGUCCCGACUAUCCUGGGGCAUCCGGUACUGACCGGUUGAGACAGAGCACCAUUCGUGCCUUGUUUCAUAUUGGGACGUACAUGCACCCGCAAGUGGCAAUCAUUGACGCGUCCGGGGCGGAGGAAGAUUACUUUCUCGCCGGAAUCGGGCGGCAGGCCCCGAUUUCGGGCAUACCCCUGAUCGAGUUGCCCGAAAAUGCUCAUUCAAGGCUUGCUUGGAUGUCCAAGCUGGAUAGCCCGUCGUUAGCGGCUUGGGACAAGAUCAGCGUCGAGAUACUCAUACAAGCGCCGUCGAGAGGCUCAGCUAACCUUGUCCGCCUAUUGAGGUCGUUAGCAGCGGUCGACUUCGGCGCGGGCUCGGUGCCGCAUCUGACGAUCGAGCUCCCGCACAAUGCGGACCGCGGCACGAUAGACUUCCUCAGGGGCUUCCCAUGGCCCCCGAACCGUGCCCUAUUACCGUCGCAUCCUCGCAUGUUAUCACUGCGGCAUCGCAUUCCGAGCAGAAGGGUGUCCGAGUUGGAGAGCUCUGCGAGGUUCCUCGAGUCGUUUUGGCCUAGGAACCCGAAGUACUCUCAUGUUUUGGUCCUAUCAGCCCAUACCCAAGUCUCACCCCAGUUUUGGAACUACCUGAAAUACUCCGUCCUUCAAUACAUGUACUCAGGUAUUUCCAAAGCUCAAGAAUGGGAUUCUCGGCUACUCGGGAUCGGUCUCAACUUGCCCGCUACCUAUCUUGAUGGCAUCACUCCCUUUGAGCCCCCAUCCUCUAAUGAAGGCGGUUCAUUCCUUUGGCAAGCCCCCGACAGCAACGCGGUGCUCUUCACAGGGCAGAAGUGGACCGAGCUGCACGCCUUUGUCUCCCGCAUGAUCACCUACAUGAAUCAACACGAAAUCGAAAACGGGGACAACGAUGAGGACCCGGUCCCUCUCCCCUUCUUCCUCGACAAGCUCGUCGGCAAACGCUACCCCGCCUGGCUCGAGCACGCACUCCAGCUCUGCCAGGCGCGCGGCUACUGGACUCUCUACCCCGGCGACGCGACGGCGCGCAAUCUCGCGACUGUACACACCGAGCUUUUCCACCCGCCCGAGGAAUACGCACCCGUGAAGACGGGCAGCGCGCCCUUUGAUGACGAGGUGCCGCUAACGGGCAAGACACUGUUCGAGACCCUGCCUGAAAGCGGGCGACUUCUGACGUUUGACGAGAUGCCGCUGCUGCUGUGGGAUGGGAGGCCGACGGGCUUGACGGGACUGGAUGAUGCGGCGUCGAUAUAUACGUAUGAUUUUCGGACGGCGGUGGGCGGGUGUGAGCUGUUGGAGGAGGAGGAAGGGGAGUUGUUGGCGAAGAAGUCGAUGAGUGACUUGUUUUGUAUCAGGGAGGAGCAAUAA